AUGGCUCCAUCUCACGAGGAACGUGUCAAAGCCCUUAAGGCCAAACGUGAAGCAUUUCGCAUUGAAGUACAAGAACUUAAAGACAUUCUCGAUAAGCCUGAGUUAUGCACAAACGAUCGUGAAAUUCUUCUUCGGCUAGACGAUAUACAAACCGAAUACGCGGUGUUCCAGAAAGUUCAACAAGAAUUAGAUACAUUAGAUGAUACUCAAGAGUUAUUACAUGAACGAAUGGCUUUAAAAUCCUUUUACAUACAAGUUCGAGCACGCGCUUUAGAGUUCAUACCAGUAACUGCUCCCGAAAAUCAUCCACCUCAAGCACAGCGAUUUAAUCCCCGAAGUAGUCAAUUGUCUCCGUCCAGUCAAAUCGAAUCUUUAGAAGCCGAAGUGCAAUUGCCUAAACUCAAUUUACCAACGUUCUCCGGUAAUUACGAAGAAUGGCCUGCCUUUGCAGAUCAAUUUCAAUCAGCGGUGCAUGAUAAUAUUAGAAUCAAUAAUGGGAAAAAAUUGAUGUAUUUACGGUCGUGUCUCAAAGGAGAAGCACUGAAAGGCAUUGAAUCACUCAGUAAUUCAGCCGCAAAUUAUACAAUAGCAUGGACAAUUUUGGAAAAGUGGUAUAACCAUCCCGCGGUAAUCGUCACCAACCAUUUAACGGCAUUGUUUGACCUACCCAAUAUUACCAGGCCGGCUCAUCGGGAACUCAGGUCAUUUUUAAGUAAAGUCGAGGCACAUUACCGCUCGCUCCAACCUUUAAAACAACCCACCGCUGAUACGUUGCUCAUUCAUCUUCUUCUUUCAAAGGUUGAUAAAGACACAUCCUUAAAAUGGCGAGAACACACACGUGAUAAUACAUUUCCUACAUUAGAAACUUUCUUUGAUUUUUUGCAUGACCGAUGUCGCAUCUUAGAACCUCUUAGCAACCAACAAUCAUAUUCUAACCUCAACCCCUCAACAUAUCAACAUCGAACUCAGAGCUCGCAUCGGGCAUCGCAUUACUCAAAUUCCCGCGACAAUCGUCCGCAGGUAUCGCAAGUGCUUACCACCCAGGUAACAGCGUUCUGCAGCUUUUGUACCGAUACACAUUAUUCCCAACAAUGCGAAACUUUUACCCGACUUUCCAUCCGAGAUCGACAUAACCUGGUCGAAGCUGAAAAUCUUUGUGCUAAUUGCCUUCGUCCCAAUCAUAGGGUUAACGAAUGCAGAUCGACCACAUGUAGACGUUGUCAUCAGAAGCACCAUACUCUAUUGCACAUGGAUGCGGUACCAGAUACCCCUUCAAGUAUGCAGUCGCUCACCACUUAUCUCAAUUCACAUUGCACAUCGGAAAUAUUUUUAGCCACUGCUCUGAUUGAAGUCAUUGAUAACGUCGGACAAACUCACCUUUGUCGCGUGUUGCUAGAUUCCUGUUCACAUGCAUAUUUUAUGACUUAUAAAUUUUUUAAUAAAAUAAACUUAACACUCGAAUCAAUCACAAUUCCACUUUCCGGUGCGAACAAUAUGUCAUCAACGAUUAGUAGUCAAACCAGUGCAACUAUUAAAUCUAGGCACAAUAACCACUCUCAAGUUCUCACAUUCUUACUUAUAAACAAAGUUUCGCAACAUGUGCCUACAACUCCGAUCGAUAGAAAUGCUCUAAAUGUCCCUCAAAAUCUACCGCUAGCAGAUCCACGCUUUCAUGAAUCCGCCGAGGUAGAUGGUUUGUUAGGCGCCCAAAUAUUUUGGGAUUUACUUUCACUCGGUUGCAUUAAAUUAGCCACAAAUGAUACGAAACUCCACAAAACCAAAUUAGGUUGGGUAGUCGUAGGAGAAUUCAGAACAAAAUCUCACCCUGCAACCAUCACUUGCAAUGCUAUUACAAGCACACUAGAACAACAAAUUUCUAAGUUCUGGGAAUUGGAAGAGCAACCUUCAAAAAAGCACUUAUCACUCGAAGAAAGCAAUUGCGAGACCCACUACCUGCAAAAUACCCGUCGCGAUUUAGGCGAAUCAUAUACCAUAGCAUUGAAGCGGUUCCUUGCCUUGGAACGACAAUUAGAUCGUAACACAGAAAUCAUGGAACAAUAUUCUCAAUUUCUCAAAGAAUAUCAAGAAUUAGGUCACAUGACACCCACCAACACCCAUUUGCGUGAUGGUUAUUUCCUGCCGCAUCACGCUGUCACGAAAGCCGAGAGCCUUACCACCAAAAUUCGGGUCGUGUUUGACGCUUCUGCGAAAUCUAAUACGGGCAUUUCAUUAAAUGACACCUUAAUGGUAGGUCCUACUAUACAAGACGACUUAUUCUCACUUGUCUCUCGUUUUCGAACACAUCGGUUCGUAUUCACCGCGGAUAUUGCCAAAAUGUAUAGACAAAUUGAACUCUCAGCCGAUCACAGAAAAUACCACAAAAUUCUGUGGCGUGAGCACCGCAAUCACCCAAUUCAAACAUUCAUUUUAAACACAGUCACGUACGGUACAGCUUCAGCACCAUUUUUAGCCACUCGAACUUUACAACAACUUGCAGAAGACGAAGGUUCCUCCUUUCCGCUUGCAGCUCAUGCACUACAAAAUGAUUUUUAUGUCGAUGACAUGUUGACAGGAGCCCCCACUUUUACUCAAGCAGAAAUUCUCCGCGAUCAAUUGAUCAAUCUCACCGAAAAAGGAGGUUUCCAACUACGACAAUGGGCUUCCAACGACCCGCGUUUAAUAAAACCAUUGCAAACUUCCAAAGACCAACAUAUGACGCUAAGCUUCACUGAUAGGAAAAAAAACGCUAGGUCUAUUUUGGCAUCCACAAAACGACACCAUAGGAUACUCGGUGAAGGAAUGUGA